AUGUGGCUGUGGGCGCUCCCCGUCUGCAUGGCUGUCAUUGGAGCUAGCGGCUUUUGGACUGUGUUUGGGAUGUCAGUGACAAAUGGAUCAGCAAACCUUACAAAAUCAUUCCCGAUGAUCAGUCUUUGUGCCAAUUUCAACCCUCAGAGCUGUCUUUUCGCUCAGAUCUGUAACAUCUGCUCCGGUUUAGGUCUGUGGAUUAUGUUGAUCCGAUUCCAGCAAAUUAUAGACUACGGUGACCAUGGAAAGGAGAACACUGCCUCUGUUGUUUGUGGAGUCAUGUCCGCCUUAGGAAUCUCUGUGACUGGCAACUUCCAGAGUGUACACUUUCAGAAACUUCACUUCCUGGGAGCGUGCUCUGCUUUCUUCUUCGGCCUGAUCUACUUUUGGAUACAGCUAUAUCUGACCUAUCGGGCACAGCCGUCUCAAGACCGAUACUGGGUGGGACCUGUGAGGGGAAUCUGCUGCACCCUCAGCACCCUCUUCUUCAUUGCCAUGUCCAUUUUUGUCUUUAUAACCUACCAUUAUGAAGCUGCUGUGUGCGAAUGGGCCUUGACCAUGUUGUUCUUCGUGCUGUUUGGCCUUUUUGCAGCAGAGUUCAGACAUAUCGACUGCUAUCGUUUCACCGUACAGAAACAAGCUUUGAAGAAAGUCAGCAGUCCUCUCCCCCAACAUUCACUCCAGAAGCAAGAGAAGGCUUUUAAACUUGAUGUCUAUGCACUGGAUGCUUAGUACUCAGUGGAUUUAUAAAGUAUUGCUCUA